AUGCUCAGUGAGUUCGAUUUUGAAGUCAAGCACAAGCCGGGGGUUGACAACGAGAUGGACUAUCUGAGUAGGUUCCCCCAGCAGAGCAGCGCGGACUGGGCUGGGGUGAGGCAGGAGGGCGACUUGGAGGAGGCGGGGGCGCUCGCGUGGUCGGCGGCGGCGUGCCUGUCCUGGCAGCCUGGUGAGCAGCCGGAAGGGGAGCAGGGACUGGGGCCAGGAACAGGGGUGCAGCCGCCAGUAGAUGUGUGGGAGGAUCAGGGGCUGUUGGCGGUGCUGCGGGGUGAGGGGCUGCCUGCAGGGUGCAGCCCGCGGGAGUGGGACAGACUGCAUCACCGGGCCCGUGGGUACGAGUGGCGGCAGGACCACUUGGUCAGGAGGUUAGCCAGCGGGGAGGCGAGGGUGGUUCCGCGGCCAGCGGUGCGCGCGCAGCUGGUUAGGGACCUGCAUGAGCGCGCUGGGCACAUGGGAGUCCGCAAGACGGUGUCCCUUCUGCGUCCCCACUAUUGGUGGGUAGGACUGUCGGCGGAGGUGGAGCAUGCGGUCAGGGGCUGCGAGGCAUGUGACAGGGUGCGUGCCACCUUCAAUGCCAAGCACCCAGCGCUCCACCCGCUGCCCAUCAGAGGCUUGUUCUACUGGUGGGGGUUGGACUUCGCAGGACCGCUCCCCAAGUCGGUGAGGGGGAAUCAGUAUGUGCUGGUGCUCGUGGAGCACUUCAGCAAGACUGUGGUCCUGGCGCCCACCGUGGACAAGGAGCCGGCGUCCACGGUGGCUGCGGUCUUCACACGAGAGGUGUUGACGCGAUAUGGGGCGUGCGCUAAGGCGGUGACAGACAGGGGCGGUGAGUUUGGGGGGGAAUUCCAAGCGUGUCUGGAUGCUGCGCUGAUUGACCACCGGGCGACCUCUGCCUAUCACCCGCAGGCGAACGGGUUGAGCGAGCGCAUCGUUCAGGUGGUGAAACGGGCGCUGCGCAAGUGGUGCCUGGGGCACCCCGCAGAGGAGUGGCAUUUGUAUCUGCCAUGGAUCGCCAUGGGAUACAAUUUCAGUGCGCAGCACUCUCUGGCGGGGUUCUCCCCGUACCAGCUGUUGCAUGGCAGGGAGCCGGUGGUGCCUGGCGCCAUCAAGGUCAGGGUGGAGGAGUCGCUGGACCUGGAUGACGAGGCUCGCCUGGUGGCGCUGGUGGAGGAGCGCGCGGCGCUGUUCAAGAAGUGGGUGCCCAUGGCGAUGGGCAAUUUGGAGAUCGCCCAGCACAGGGACACGCUGCGGUAUGCUAAGACCAGGAGUGGGGCGUGGAAGCCGCAGGUGGUGCGUUACGAGGUGGGAGACUAUGUUUACUUGCAGCGGGAGAUGGUGGAUACGCUGGACACGCGAGCGGGGGCGCGGAUUCUGAGGGUGCGCUCAGUGGGGGGGAACGGCGUGCUGGAGCUGGAGGGAGCAGACGCGCGGACAGUGCGGGUGCACGUGGAGCGGUGCGCUCCUUGUCACCGCGCAGAUGUGGAUGGGCGAGUUGACCCCAGUGCAUGGGUGGACGAGCGCUGGAGGAUCGCCAGCCAAACAGGUAGUAAGGUGUGCCCUUGUUGUGGACACGGGCUCAGGAGGGGAUGGGUAGUGCGGCUGGCAUGCCCAUGA